UAUAUUAUGACUUAUCGAGGGAAGAGAACGAGGGACGUACAUGCAGAUGACCAGCCCAGUUCAUUGUCUUCACAGUCACCAGGUGCUGCUGCUGCACACAACUCUCCUUCGACCGAAAAUGCAUCACAAUCAAACAAAAAACAAAUCCUUCAAUCGCAGCCAUAUGAGGUUCCUUCUAACGUUGAAUUUGGACCAUUUUGCCCACCAAGUGCCACCACAACAAAUCCUUCAAUCACACCAAGUGCAACAACUAGCAAACCAUUAGCUAUAUGGAAAAACCCUCCUUGUAUCACAUCAAAACCGCUCAAAAUCCCUCCUGCUUCUUCUACUCAUACCCCACCACUCAAGCCUUCUACUAUCACAUCCAAACCGCUCAAAAUCCCUCCUCCUUCUUCUACUCAUACCCCACCACUCAAGCCUUCUACUAUCACAUCCAAACCGCUCAAAAUCCCUCCUCCUUCUUCUACUCAUACCCCACCACUCAAGCCUUCUACUAUCACAUCCAAACCGCUCAAAAUCCCUCCUCCUUCUUCUACUCAUACCCCACCACUCAAGCCUUCUACUAUCACAUCCAAACCGCUCAAAAUCCCUCAUCCUUCUUCUAGUCAUAUCCCACCACUCAACCCUUCUACUAAUACAUCCAAACCGCUCAAAAUCCCUCCUCCUUCUUCUACUCAUACCCCACCACUCAAGCCUUCUACUAUCACAUCAAAACCGCUCAAAAUCCCUCAUCCUUCUUCUGGUCAUAUCCCACCACUCAACCCUUCUACUAAUAAAUCAAAACCGCUCAAAAUCCCUCAUCCUUCUUCUGGUCAUAUCCCACCACUCAACCCUUCUACCAAUACAUCAAAAUCGCUCAAAAUCCCACAUCCUUCUUCUGGUCAUAUUCGAGCAUCUCUCAACCCAUCUACUAGUACCCCGCUCAAAAUCCCUUCUAAUUCCUUUGAUCCUAUCCCACCUAGUAGGUCGCCUUCUAGUCAUAACUCCCCUACUAUCUCACCUCUUAACCCAUCAGAAUCCCGUAAGCCAACAAAGCAAAAAGAGGGUGAAGAAUCAUUAAUGAAGUCGAGAACAUCAAAAUCUGUACGGUCAACAUCAUAUCCAGAUUGGCCUUCAAAUGUUCAAUUUGAUACGAAGGAAGAGGUUAUGACAAAGGAUGCUGAAGGUAACAUCACAUUGGUGAGUGGUCCUAUUCCGACAAUCAGUGUGUGGAGUAACAACGGCGUUAAAUACUGUGUUGAAUUCAACGAGUUUUACCAACCUCUUAGGAAAGGUGGAGAUAUCUUGGUCAGAUUCAUUGGUAGCAUUGCAAAGGUAGAGACCUACUGUCCAGUUGGAGAAGUGAAUUGGCAUAACGUCGAUAAGAAGCUGAAAGCUAUGUUGGUAGAGGAGGUCAAAGAACGCUUUGUAAUUCCUGAUGGUCCUGAAUACGAGAAACAAAUCCUCAAGCGUGCUAACAGAAGUUGGAGGCAUUUUAAACACGAGCUCAAGUCACAUUACUACAAACCAGAUGACAAGACUCUCGAUGAGAUGUGUAAUUUGCAGCCACCAUACGGAAUUACUAGUAAUCAAUGGAUAAAGUUGGUUAAGCACUGGCAUUCAGAGCUAGGGAAAAAAUUGUCAGAAGCUGGGAAAGAUGCACGAGCUUCCCUAAAUCAACUUCACAGAUGUGGCUCCAAGAGCUUCGCAAACAAGCAAGCUGAUUAUGAGGAUGAGCAUGGAGAAAAAAUGAGUUUAUUAACUCUUUGGAAAAAAGCUCAUAUUGGAAAGGAUGGAAGCUUUCUACCAGACACACUCACAGAAGAAUUUAUGGAUGAUGCAUAUGCCAAGUUUGAAUCAUUGAAGCAAGCAAACCCUUCCAAGUCUGACUUAGAACUUGAAGAUGAAGCUUUUGAGCACACCAUGUAUGAUGGAGAGAUUCCCAAACGUCCCGUAGGUUAUGGACUUGGAGUUCGAAAGGGGGACAUUUACGGGGUGCAUGGUGUCCUGAAGAAGCAAGGGUGUGGAAGAGUUCGAAAGACGGCCGUGUUCAUGGAGAAUGAUAAAGAAGAAUUGUCCACUCUGAAGAAGGAAAAUAGAUUGUUGAACACCCAAGUCCAAGAGAACAAAGAAGAAGUGUCUGUUCUCAAGAAGGAAAAUAGCUUGUUGAAAGCCAAAGUUCAAGAGAACAACUCUCUGCUCAAAACUCUUGUUGGACAAUUUUCUCAACUAGUAGGUAAAGUUCGUAAAGGAGAGGCUUCAAUGCACCUUUUAGAUUGUGCACAAGCAGUCUUGGAAGUGACAAACCAAAAGGUACCUUCCUACUUUCAAACUUUAUCUAAAUUCCCCUUCCUUAUGAAUGAGCUAAUGUACCAAGCAAGAAAGUUUCUGCCCAGAGUACAGCCCUAG